UCGUUGUCGCUUUUAACGAGCUUUUCGCUAGCUUUAUUCAAUGUAUUUGAAAUGAGUCCUGUUUGUUUGUCUUCCUUUGUGGCCAUACGAAGCCAUUUGAAGUAGAAGGUCCGUAUGUAAUUCAACUGUCAGUGUCGUCAUCUCAGCCCAUUUCGUUUGAAAUAUUAACUUAUUUUCCAAUGGAGUCGUCAAUAAGAGGAUGCUCUUUUAAAUUAGGACGGCUGCGAAAGGUAUGCUCACAGCUAAUCUGUCAGUAGCAUUUUACACUGAUAGAGCGAAAGGACAAUUUAACGGGAUUUUAAGUUGACUGAAGGAGCACGAAUGGCUGAGAGGAACUUUUCUGAUAGCGACAAAGGGGACUGUGUGACAGUGUUAACGACUGUGGAAGAAGGUUCAAAUUUUAAGCGGAGUGACUGCAUUAAAACCGAUCGUCCUCUACAGCUUGAGGAAAUACAAAGUGAAACAGUACAAGUAAAAAUACUCCUUCAAGACAAUAAGGAAAAUGACGAUGCAAAAACUGAUGAAAUUCAAAGAGCGGAACACGAAAGCUCUACUUCCGCGGAACAAGAAGAGUUAGGCAAUUCAGCGGGAGGUCGUUAUAACGAACAACCAUGUGGAGAGAGUGCAGCGGAAAUAGCUCCAAUGAUAGAAAAGGAUAGACUGAAUGAAAAUACAGAUCUAGAACUUACCGUAACAGCCGCCAUAGAAGAAAAAGAAAUUUUACUCGAAGGCGAAACCACCAUUGUGAAUAUGGCGGACCAAGCUGAAAGCGUUUGUAUCGAGAUGGAAAGUACAGCGGAUACAGAGGGAAAAGAUACUGAAAAAAGUUGUGAUAAGUCACCUUCGGACACAACAACUCUAUACUUCUCUGAAAGCGACAGCGCAGAGGUUGAAAGUGAUGUUUGUAGGAUUUGCCAUAGUAACGACGAGAUUGAAAUCUUAAUUAGCCCCUGUCUGUGUACUGGAUCUGUUAAGUUCGUACAUCAUUCGUGUUUAAUGAGCUGGCUACAGAGAGCCGUUAUGAGCAAAUGUGAACUGUGUUUGUACCCGUUAGCGGUCAAACGAAAGAGGAAGCCGUUUAGCAAGUGGCGUCUCCCAGAAGACAAGCCUUUUCCCAUACUGUGGCUGUUAACGUUUGUCAUAGCUAUGACGCUGAACGUGGCCUCCAUAGCUAAAGACGGCAGCCAGAGGUGCGUGUCUAAUCCGUGUAUCAUUUUCUACGUGGUGGGUUCCGCUGGAGCGCUUCUGGGACUCGCUUUCUUCUACCGCUGGCUGCGCAAGACCGUGUGCUACGUCUCCAAAUGGAUUGCACUCAACCAAGAAUGGACGUUAGUGGGUCCACCAGACUUGAGGACUCAGAUGGGGCAAACAAAUCUUGCCUACUCCACAAAAUCGCUUUCAGAGACUGAAACAACUCAAGAACAGAUUGCGUAGUCAGUAGUGUUUCAAUGUUGGAAAGACAACACUGUGUACCGCCCUUCUUUUGCCUUGGGUACCUCGUGGUCUUCGACUUAAAACCUCUUCCACUAUACGUCGUAUCCCUGAAAUUACCUAUAAAACUUUGUUUAAAUGUGAUUGUUCAUUAUGCCCUCAAUGACUUUGAAGAUUGAUUUUUUUCAGUCUGUUACUCGAAAGCAUGCCCGAAGGCAUAUUUUAAAAACAAAAAUGAAUGAGUAGAGGAGCAGGUUCUGGAAACCUAACCAGUCUGUUUUGUACCUUUAACUGACAGUGUUAGUGUAUAAUUUUCAAAAGUUUUGAAACUCUCAUCUUUAGUGAAAGCAGAACUGCUUCUCGGGGCGUUAAGUUACCGGGACCUUUGAGAAACGGGCCCCAGGCCACUGAGAAAGACGCGGAGAUUUCAAAGAUCUCCUGAACCAAAAUAAAGUAAAUGUAGUUUAAAAUUUAUCGACACUCCAACUCUUUAAUUUAUUUUCAAACGUGAAGUUCUUCUGCUGAAUUUAUACAGUUCAUCCACUGACGUUAUAAAGCAAUUUUAAGAUAUUAAAUUAUACUUAAAUUAUUGAAAGAUCUAUGAAAAAUUCAAGCAUGAUACAAAAUGAAAAAUACGUUCACUAUAUAUUUUGAAAGAGUGAUAAUUUCAAGAGAUUACUGAAGUUUAUAAUUAUUGUUAAAGAAGCUGUAUUUCAAAUGUUUACGAUUACUGUACAUGUGUUUGGUUGACUUU